AGCCUGGUCUUGGCUGGUCUGCCGGCAGAUAAUUUUUCGGUGGAGAAUGGCAUCAUAGUGACCAACUCCAGUCGUUACUCGCUGCUCAUCGAUCCACAGGUGCAAGCCAACAAAUGGAUCAAGAAUAUGGAGAAGAACAACGGCCUGAAGGUGAUCAAGCAGAGCGAUGCCAACUACAUGCAGGUUUUGGAGUUGGCCAAAACUUUGGUCAACCCGUGCUUAUAG